CCACCAUCGAGAGGAGGGGGAAUUGAGGAAACUUUAUCUUUGAUUCUUAAUCACCUCUUUACCAACACAUCUUUACAAUUUGGCCAAGAACAUUCGUGUACAAGGUCCAAAUUCAUUUAUUGAGCAAGAGGGAUCUCAUUUCUCUUGUCUUUUUUGAUUUCAUCUUUUUCUUAUCUUCUUUCACCUCGGUGCUCUUUUCGAUCACAAGGACGAAUUUGGAAAGAAAAGAUUUACUUUUUGAGCGACAAAGUUCGCCAACUUCUUCUCAAUUUGAGAAACCAAACGAGCGUUUGCAUUGGAUUCAACUCACACAAGGUUUCUCUUUUCAUCGCCAAAUCGCGCGUUGAAAAAAGGAAACGUGAGUCAGUCUUUUACGAUCCAUGUCAACCUCGCAGACGCCAACAAGUGCGUCAAUUGCAGCCAAACAAUCCGAUAACAACUCUUUGAACGAUUCAUCAAACGGUCAAAGAAAUGGCUCACCAAAUUCUGGCCUAGACAAUACCGGUGGCGUUUCGGCUCGGGGUGGUGCGCCUGUCAGUAUGGCAAAAGGACAAGUUGCAAGCGGACAAAAUCCUUCUCAAGCCAUCAAUUUCGGCAAUGUGCAUGAUCAAAACGCAACAGCUUUUUCUUCCUCGCCUGCUGCACCAGCUCAAUUGCAAAACGGUCCACCAACGAAAUUUGGUACCGUCGCUGCUGCAGAUGUGAAAGCUAAAGAGAAAGUUGUUGGCUUUCCUGGAUCCAAAGGCGAAGGUGCACCAAGUCCUGCACCACGCACGAUGGAUUUCAAUAAACUCUUCCAGGCUGGAAGUGGUAACAGCAGUAGUAAUGCCAACAAGACUGCAACCACAAAUACGACAAAUGCUCAAGCUUCGAGCCAGGAAAAUAACUUGCCACCUUCUCCGUCCGUUACUCGGUCGAAUCAAAAUGCAAUGAGAACCAACAAUCGUGUUUCAUCUCAUUCUGGUCAAGUUCCUGGAGCACAAGGUCAAGGUGCUAACAAUUCUACUGCACGCAUCAAUUCAGGUAACUAUGGCGCACAUCAACAACCACGCUCACCACAUGUGGCAGGAGCGCAAGUACCUAAUAUGCAACAUAUGGGACACAUGAACGGAAAUGUCCAAUGGCAAAAUCAACAACAGCAACAGAUGUACUAUCCUCAAAUGUAUCAUCAACCAUAUGGAUAUGCUGGGAUGCCACAACAGAUGCAGCAUAUGGGACAACCUUGGAUGAAUCCACAAAACGCAGGAUCCUACGAUAGUAGCCAAGGGCAACCAAGAUCUCCUCGUAAUCCUUCUGCCACCAGUGCAAAUCAGAAUGGCGGAAGCGGUGCACCAGCCAGUACGACCGGUACAACGCCUGGUACACCUUCCGUGAGUUCAGCAACAGCAGGUGUAUCUUCGCCUGCUUCUUCCCACAGGAGCAUACCCCAUACGCCUUCUAAUUUGACUUCGCCGCCACCGCAUCAUAUCGGCAUGGGUCACCCACAAAAUCGUCCACAAACAUUUCAAACACCUUCAAAUUCCGGUAUGGGUGCAAUGGGUGGACCGGGUUUCAAUGCACAUUCGCCUUCUCACUCUUUCAGUGCAAAUUCCAUGAGCGCAGCUGCCAGACAAUUUGAGCCUGGUCAAUCAGUGCCAAUUCAAAAGCGAAUGAGUAGUGCGAUCAGAAUUGUUGAUCCAAACACAAAAGCUGCCGUUGAGUUCAAGUCUACACCCAAGAAGGAUGCACCAUCAACACCUGGCACUCCUGUUGCCGCACCUGCAACGCCUAGCACGCCAAAUGUGGUUCCCGUCAUUGCAUCGGCUGCAGCUCCAUCUAUUCCUCCCCCGGCAGUCUCAACUGGCUCACCUGCUCCUCCUGCGCGAAAGACAGGUGUUCCCAUCACACCUUCUUCUGCUUCCAGCUUUGUCACUCAAACACCUCCUUCUUCGGCUAAAUUGGAGACAUCCGAUGAUUUCAUGAAAAAGGUUCGUGCAAAGGCAGAGGAAGCAAAGAGACUCAAGGAAGAAAAAGCAAGGGAAGAAGCUGAAAAGAAAGCAAAGGAAGACCCAACCAAACUACAAGAUGUUGCAGAUGUAGAGAAAAGUGCUCCUGUCGUGCCAGAGACUAAGCCUACAGCAGAAGCAGAUUCUGUGACUGCUCCACUAGAGUCACAAGAUCAAGCCAAGAAAGCAGAAGCGGAUACAGCAAAAGCAGCACCAGAAACGGCCAUCACAACCACUGAUGAAAGUGCAAGUGUUCCUCAAUCGAAGCCAGAUUCAUUACCCGCUCCUACUAUCUCUACACCUUUCAAAGGAUCGGCAGCUGAUGUUGAGAGGAUGGCAAGAGAAGCUUCUUCUGUCCCUUCGACCCCGAUGGAAGGCAGUGCUCCUCGUUUGCCACCCACACCCCGAACGCCUGGAACACCUGGGUUUGCCAACUUGCCUGCUAAGCCGAUGAGCUCAAUGGGAAGCACGGCUACGCCAAAUAACAACGCUACAUUGACACCGGGCACUGCAGCAAGCACUUUUGCUGCUGUAAGUGGAGCAAGCAAUGGGAUCAAAUUGGACAGUGAAGCUUUGGAAAAGAGGAAAAAGGCAGCACCAUCUCAAUUGGAUAUUGCUUCAGCUCAGAAUGAAAGAACGACAUCUACUGAUGUUCCAAUGUCUGCUGCAUCUGUUGCCUUGGGCUCUGCAAGAUUCAUUGACGAUAUCAGCAAGGUAUCAUACCCUGAUAAGAUUCAAUCACCUCGUGCUGGUUUGAACGAAACAGCUGAGCCCGGAAAAUUCCGCUACGAUCGAGACUUCUUGCUACAAUUCAUGGGAGUAUACAAAGAAAGGCCAAAUGAUCUACCGCCGCUAGCAUCAAUCGGAAUGGACAGCAGCCAAGCAGCCCCAUCUCGCGGUCAGCCUGGCAGACGUCCUUCUGGAAUGGGUCCACCCGCUGCACCUGGAAGAAGUGGUUCUGUGGGAUUGGGACUAGGUUCCGGCUUUGGAGGUGGAAAAGGAGGAAUGGGACAAUUCAGCCAUCCAGGAAAGACGAGCGAAGAACGAUUUGCAGCCUCUAACCGGGGUGGAGCUGGAUCAUUUGGUAGCAGCGGACCUAUGGGAGCUUUCAGCGCUGGAGCAAGAUCACAACCUCUGUCUAGAGCAGGCAGCGGAAGUAAUGCAAUUCCAUCACGAGAGGCGAUGGGAACGGGUGUUCCAAGCGGAGGUAGAACGAGCAGUAGACGUGGAAAGGAUCGCAGAGAUCCAGGCCGCUCUGGUGUCAAUCCACCGGAGAAAGGUGGACCUACUAUUCCAGAAGACCAAGUCGUUCCAUUGGCUAACUCUGAGAACAGAUGGACGGGCAAUCGCGGUACAAGUUUGAAAGCUGACUCGCCUGAAUUAGUGACCAGAAAGGUCAAGAGUUUGUUGAACAAGUUGACGAUGGAAAGAUUCGAUUCGAUCAGUAUGCAAAUUUUGGAGUGGGCCAAUAAAUCAGUUGAUGAAAAAGACGGUCAAACGCUAAGAAUAGUGAUUGCUAUGAUCUUUGAGAAAGCAACAGACGAAGCAGCUUGGUCAGAAAUGUAUGCUACACUCUGUCGCAAGAUCAUGGAGAAGCUCGAUCCUAACAUUCAAGACGAGAAUAUCAAGACUCACGAAGAUAAACCUGUCAUGGGUGGACAUUUGUUCCGCAAGUAUCUCGUCAACCGUUGUCAAGAAGAUUUCGAACGUGGAUGGGCGCAAAGAGAUGCUACUGCAGCUGCUGCCAAGAACAAAGAAGCUGAAGAUUUGGCAAAGAAGGCACAAAAUGAAAAAGCAGCCGCUGAAGCAAAAGAGGCCGAGGAAAGAGGAGAAAAGACAGAGGAGCCAAAGGAAGCAGAGUUGCUCUCCGACGAAUACUACGAAGCUCAAAAAGCCAAAAGAAGAGGUUUGGGUUUGGUUCGAUUCAUUGGUGAAUUGUUCAAAUUCUCUAUGCUUACUGAAAAGAUUAUGCAUUUGUGUAUCCAAAAGAUGUUGAGCAACGCAACUACACCGGAAGAAGAGGAAAUCGAAAGUCUUUGCAAGCUUUUGACUACCGUCGGUAAAUUGUUGGAUGAAGGCAAAGCAAGAAACUACGUUGACGUGUACUUCGAAAGAAUGAACAGCAUGAUGAGUCAUGCCUCAAUGACACCAAGAAUGAAGUUCAUGUUGCAAGAUGUUAUCGAAUUGCGACAAAACAAUUGGAAGCCACGUCAUAAUAAUGCUGCCCCCAAGACGAUUGCUCAAAUUCAUGAGGAUGCAGCAAAGGCAAAGAGACAAGCAGAACUGGAGAGCUCCCGUGUGCAAAUGGGUGGCUCAAUGUCUCGUGGUGGAUCAAGACGUGGCCAGCAAAGAGAACAAUAUGGAGCAGAUGGUUUCACCAUUGUUGGUAAUCAAGCAGCUCCUCCUGUUCAUCAAAGUAAGGCAGGAAAUUUGUCAGCAUUUGGCAAGGGUAUCGAUAGAAGUGGUUCUCAUCGUCCUUUGUCGGUUGGACCUCAAAGUGUGUUUGCACGCAAGAAUCAAAAGUCUGAUGAUGGUAGUAAUCCACCUUCCCGUACUGCAUCUUCCCAGAACAUCUUCUCUUUGUUGAGUGGAGCUGGCGAUGGAUCUGAUGCUGUUCAAAGUGAAGAAGCAGCAUCAUCUAGUGGCCGACCAAAGCUCAACCUUGCAAAGAGAACUAAGCCUUUGCCUGGAUCUGAGGAUAAUGAGAAGGAUGGUGAAGAUGCUGGCAAAGAAGAAGCCGAGGUUGAAGAUGAGGAGGACGAAGAUGAAGAUGGCCAAGUCGAAGAGGCAGAAUUGUCCGAAGAGGAUGCCAAGAGAAAGAUUGACAACGAUAUCAAAGAGUUCUUGGAAGUCAAAGAUAUCAGCGAAGGUGAAUUGGCUAUGCAAGGUUUACCUUCAUCUAGUAGAAGUCAAUUCAUCAACAAGAUUGUGGAAGUUGUUCUAAACCGCAAGGAAGAUGAGGUGAAAUUGGUUGGAAAAUUGUUUGAGAAAGCCCAUCAAUCGGGUCUGCUCGAUGAAACAAUGGUCGAAACAGGAUUGAAAGAUCACGUCGAAUACUUGGAUGAUAUCUCUAUAGAUGUUCCAAGCGCAUAUUCUUUCAUGGCCAUCUUGCUUGUCUCAUCUGGACUAAGUAAAGACAAAAUUGAAUCAUUAGCUGCAACAAUCCAAGGCGAAGGUCUCAAGCCUCCAAAAGAUCGAUUGAUGGCAAAGGUUGAAGAGUUACUAUAGACCAAAACUGUUUCGAUUUCUGAGCGUCAUCAUAUCUGGAACAUUUUUUCACUUUUCUUUUUUUGAUACCAUCUCCUUUUGCACAAUUCAUUUGUCAUCAUCGCAAAACAUUAUGCUGUUCAUCAUUUGUACAGAAUCCUCUCUUCCCCGUACGACGUCAAUUGUACGACGGAUCCAAAAUUGUAUGCCAUAUAGAAGGCUUUUAGCUCGCUUACCCUAUGAUAAUUUUACUCAUACUCUCGAAAUGUUUGUG